CACCCCCAAGCCCGCCGCCUCCAGGCGACCCGGAAGUUGUAUUCGCGGCGCUGCUGUCCGUCUCCCACAAUACGUCGCGCUCUUCCUUCCGAACCUGGCCCCAGCAGAGUAGAUGGCUCCUGCAAAGAAGGGUGGCGAGAAGAAGAAGGGCCGUUCCGCCAUCAACGAGGUAGUGACCAGGGAAUACACCAUCAACAUUCACAAGCGCAUUCAUGGAGUGGGUUUCAAGAAGCGCGCCCCUCGGGCACUCAAAGAGAUCCGGAAAUUUGCCAUGAAGGAGAUGGGAACUCCAGAUGUGCGCAUUGACACCAGGCUCAACAAAGCCGUCUGGGCCAAAGGAAUAAGGAACGUCCCAUACCGUAUCCGUGUGCGGUUGUCCAGAAAACGUAAUGAGGAUGAAGAUUCCCCAAACAAGCUCUAUACGUUGGUUACCUAUGUCCCUGUCACCACCUUCAAAAAUCUACAGACAGUUAAUGUGGAUGAGAACUAACAGCUGAUUGUCAAAUAAAGUUAUAAAACUGCC